GUUCUCAGACUGUCUUUAACAACAAUGAGCAUUCGUAUAAUGCUUUAACAUGGCAAAUCAUCCAUGGUACUUCAUCAAAACGUAAUCGGACAAAAGUCGACACUUUGUACUUCUGUGCUUGAAGCAGAGAUUGAACAAUGGAGUACUGUUAUUCCAACAGUGAGCAGGACCUCAAAACUUAUUUAGGUUGUCAACACAAAAUGACUCACAAUAUCCUGAAGAGUUUACAUCGAGUUGAACUUGGUGGAUACAACUACUGGCCACUCUUUUCGCAAAUUGGAAUUCGUCUUUACAGCUAUGAAGAAAUCCCAACCUUUUUAAAAGGCAAUCCCUACAUUACUGAUGGAUAUAGGGCUUACUUGCCAUCAAGUUUGUGUAUCAGAAGCCUCUUUGUCUUGUCCAACGAGAGUGUGAAUAUAUGGAGCCACUUGCUGGGGUUUCUGUUGUUCUUCCUCAUGGGUCUACAUGACACUUGCUUCCUGUUGCCGGCAUCAAACAGCACCCGGGAUGACUAUGUCGUCUUUAUUAUUUUUGGCUUCUGUUUCCAGUUCUGCAUGCUCUGCUCGGCAGGAUACCAUCUCUUCUGCUGUCACCGCUCCGAGAAAACCAGCCAGCAGUGGCUUGCCCUCGACUAUGCUGGUGUCUCCGUAGGAAUGUUGGGAUGUUAUGUCCCAGGAGUCUUUUAUGCCUUUUAUUGUGCUGAGCAGUAUUGGAGACAAGUGUACUUGAUAACCGUGCUGGCCAUGAUUUUUGUGAUGUUCCUCACGCAAAUCCAUCCGCAGUAUGCCUCUCAACAUUGCCACAAGCUACGCAUUCUGCUCUUCUGUUUCAUUGCUGCCUAUGGAGUAAUCCCCACCAUCCACUGGAUAUUUCAGAAUGGUGGCAUUGGGGAACCAGUUGUUAAGGUGUUUGCCCCCAGAGUGGGUAUUAUGUAUCUUCUAGCAAGUUUGGCGUUUCUGUUUUAUUACAGUAAAGUACCUGAGAGGUAUUUUCCUGGUGGAUACUUGAAUUACUUUGGCUGUAGUCACCAGUGGUGGCAUUUCUUGGUAGUUUUAAUGUUCUAUUGGUGGCAUCAGACUGCUGUACACAUAAUGCAUUAUAGACAUGAGCAGCCAUGUCUAAAAAUAAAGUAAACUUUUAAUUUGCAAGUUUUCCAGCAUUGCCUGAAGAGGACUGCUUUCCAAUUUAAGUAAAAACAGCAAUCUGGCUACAUAACAGCUGAGUCUUCUAACCAACUGCAUGAUUGCCUUCUAAUGUACUUAAAACUGAAUGUGUCUCGGUCAUGUGCUGUAAGUUUGAAGAUUUGUACUGUGGUAAAUACUGGUACCGUGACACCUACUCAACGAUUCCUCAGACUUAUUGUUGCAUGAAGAAGCCUUUCUAAUGAGCCAAAUUGUCGGCCACUUUUCUAACAUUCGGAUUGUGCCAGUAACUAACGGAUAUCACAAACUCAAGGUGCUGUAAAGGCAGCUAUGUUAAAAUGCCUUUUAACAAAGUCACUGCAUGUAUUUGUAAAGUACAAAUUGUAUUUAUUCACAUGUCUUUAGUGCAUUAUAAUGCCUGCUUUGUCAAUUAGUCUACAUUUUAUAGAAAUGAUUUAAUAUGUACUGUAAUAUGUAUGCUGCAAAUUUAAUAUAACUAAAGGACAGAAAAGCAAUGGUAUUGCAUGCAGAAUAACAUGUUUACAAUGCCUAACUCAUGCCCAAAUAAUAGUAUUUGUCCUGAUACUUAACCCACGAUUACAAGUUCAAAUAAUUAAAUUUGGUUUGUUGUGAAGUAAUCAACUAAUUUAGAACAGCCAGUGUACAUUUUCUAAAAUCAGAAGACCAACUUCGUAACUUAAAAGAUAUAGUAUUUACAAGAUAAUGUAACAAAUUUUACGGAGGGCAAAACUAGUAAACUUUAUUUUUUUAAAUGUGGAAUCUCAUUGUCAAUCUGUAGAUAAUCUAUACCGAACACCAUUGAGGUAAUGCAGUUAUCUCAAAUAUUGUCCUGGACAUGUGUGGUAAGUAUCAGAAAUUUUAAUUAAGGAACCAUUAAAUACACAGGACAUUUUCCCAUUUACAUUAUGAGCAAGUGAACAAGAAGCUUAAAUUGUGAAAUGAUUACUAUAAAACUUAGGACUUGUUUUAAUCUCUUGAUAUAGGGGUAUAAAUUAUGUGAAUUUUAUUAGAAAGUCUAAUACAAAAUAGGAAUGUGACGUACAUCUUGAAACUCAAUGCAGUCGUCUUGUGCAAUGGAAGACUGAAUUUUCUCAUUGAUUCAGUUCUGGAGCAGGACAGAACACUUCAAUGAUUAGCUGAUUGGCCUGUUUAAGUGCUACAUAUCAUUUUUCCAUUACAUUAUUGUGCCAAUUUACUGUAAAAGUGGUGCAGAUUAAAUCUAAUAUGCUAUGCAAGAUUGUUUUCUAGAGAAAUUAAUUUUGAAAAAUUCAUUGAUUUUUGUGAUGACUCUUCAGAUUCAUUACACAUAGCUGACCAUUUCCCAAGUAAUAAGAUGUGGUUACCCAUUGAUUUGCAGUAGAAAUUGUGCAGAUGAAUAAGAUCAGUUUUUUUGUAAUUAUCAUGAAACUCCUGUUGAGUGCAUCCAUUUUGUCACUGCAGUCACCAAGAUAUAGUCAUUUUGAUAAUGAUUACAGUUUUGCGCCAGUGUUAAAUCUUGCUGUUAGUCUUUCCUCUGAACUGAACUUUAAGUGGUUGGUAAAUUGAGUGUAGGGAUAGUUGUACCCCAUUAUUUUUCAUUUGGCUUAGUGUUUUAUUGCAAUGGUCCCUGUGCCAAAUUUAUCCAGCUAUUGCAAUCAGUCUGUUAAAAGUCACCUUAUUUCUUCCAACUAAGUUGCCCUAGUGUAUCUGCUAAUACAACAUGGCUUUUUGUUUUGCAAUUUAAACCAUUUUUGCCUUUGAUAAUUGAGCAUUGUUUGAAAAUGUUUAUAAUCCUGAAUGUUGC